AUUGUUUGUUUGCAAGUUCAAUUUUUGGGAAUCUUUGCAACGUAUAAAACAUUAAAACAUGAAUUUUUACAUUUUUGGAUAUCUAUAUCUGAGUCGAGAAUAUUUCUUCAGAUAUUUGCUUUUCAAUUAGCUGGGUACAGUUACUGGUCUCUCUGUUUAACUGUUUUCCUUGAAAUUUUUUUGAGUGUCAGGAGUAGAGAAAGUAUGCACGCUUGUUGUGCUGGUACUUCGAUGGUUUCUCUUCAGCAACCUGGACGUGUUCAGGGAUCUGUCUUUCCCUCGUUAAGCCCUCCAGUGACCAAAUUUUCUCAGCAAUUGAAGUUCAAUUUUUCACAACCUCUCCGUUCUUCGUUUCUUGAAAGAAACUUGGUCUCUGAAAGGAGAGCAUCCUCUGUCUCGCUAUCUAAUGUCGAGAUGAGCAGCAAUGAAAUCCCUUUUGCGGAUUCUGGUCUUGGUGAAGUUGAUCCAGAAGUCCGAACGAUCAUCACAAAGGAGAAAGAUAGACAAUUCAGGAGCUUGGAGCUUAUUGCCUCCGAGAAUUUCACGUCUCGAGCAGUUAUGGAGGCUGUUGGAUCAUGCCUUACCAACAAGUAUUCUGAGGGACUUCCUGGUAAAAGAUAUUAUGGUGGCAAUGAGUACAUUGAUCAGUUGGAGACACUUUGCCAGAAUCGGGCAUUAGCAACCUUCCGCUUGGAUUCUACGAAAUGGGGGGUUAAUGUUCAGCCUUUAUCUGGUUCGCCUGCAAACUUUGCUGUCUACACUGCGAUACUUAGCCCUCAUGAUAGGAUCAUGGUGUGUUCACAGUAGUCAAGCUUUUUUUGA